GGUGAAACUUGGAAAACCUUUACUCGAAGACUUUGAAAACCUUUACUCAAAGACUUGGAAAACCUUUACUCAAAGACUUGGAAAACCUUUACUCAAAGACUUUGAAAACCUUUACUCAAAGACUUGGAAAACCUUUACUCAAAGACUUGGAAAACCUUUACUCAAAGACUUGGAAAACCUUUACUCAAAGACUUUGAAAACCUUUACUCAAAGACUCUGAAAACCUUUACUCAAAGACUCUGAAAACCUUUACUCAAAGACAUGGAAAAAGUGAUAAACAUGUUUUUUGGAGGGAAGAAGAGACGCCUUAUCCGGAAAGACCUUAGUCUUGAGAACCACCAGAGCUAUAAACUCCCUGGUUUGUUCAGCAGAGAGUCCAGGAUCCUGGACCUGCAGGACACUAAAACGGAGGCUCUUCUUUCUCAAACGCAGACCCUUUGUGCUGCUGAAAAAGCAUGCACUACGGCUGUUCUGGAGAGGCUCAAACUCCCUUCAAUUCAGCCAACAAAUGGCCCUAAAGAAAGGCCUGGAUUCUCUGACCUGAAACGGAGAUUCGUACAUGGUCAAAACCUGACUCAUUUCAAUGAUGAGAUAGUCAGUAACAACUGGACAUCCUGGACCCACAGAGGUCUCCAGAGGCUUCCUGUUGUUCAAGAUGUGAAGGAAGAUGUGGAGGAAGACGAGGAGGAAGAUGAGGGGCAUCUUAGCAGAGAUUGGUCCUAUAACCGACUUGACAACCAUACUCCUGAUGAGCUGUGUGAUCUCCCACAUAUAAGAACUCCUGUUGAUGUGUCACCUCCUCAGUCACCUGUUGGUGUUCCUCUUGCUUUCAAACAACCAAACAAGAGAGCAUCUCGUCUCCCUGUGAGGAAGGCAAAACUCCAGGGAGCAAGUAAGGUGUACCUCCCACAGAUAACAACUCCUGUAGAUCUGUCACCACCUCAGUCAUCUGUUGGUGUUCCUCUUGCACUCACACGACCAAACAGGAGAGUGUCUUGUCUCCCUGUGAUGAAGGCAAACCUCCAGGGAGCAAACAAAGAAGUCCCAGGUGGACACAACCUUCAAACAGCUACGGGAAAAGUGGAAGCAAUCCAGAACUGUCUGAAGAAAUGGCAUCCAGAAAUUCUUGUCCAUGCACCCCGACCACCGGUGGCUCCAAGAGCUAAAGGAGUAUCCAAAAAAUGUACUCCUACACCAAAGUCUUCUCCAGCCAACGAGGUGGAGUCUUCAGUGACACCUCUCCAUCCUUCUCCUCCUCCACAACCUGCCCCUCCAAAGGUGGAAAGGGCUCCUCAGCAGCAGUAUCAUCACCCUUCACGGGCAAUUAAAGGCAUCAAAAAAACAGCAAGUUUAUGCAAACCGCCAACAGCUGCUAAAAUCAAACUGAAGGAACUGGAACCUCUUUCCCACCCUGAAGAGGGUUUACCCCUCUUCUUGGAGAUGGAGUCUUCAGUGUCACCUCUCCAUCCUUCUCCUCCUCCACAACCUGCCCCUCCAAAGGUGGCAAGGGCUCCUCAGCAGCAGCAUCAACACCCUUCAAAGGCAAUUAAAAGCAUUAAAAAACCAGCAAGUUUAUGCAAACCGCCAACAGCUGCUGAAAUCAAACUGAAGGAGCUGGAGCCUCUUUCCCACCCUGAAGAGGGUCUGCCCCUCUUCUUGGGUCUUCUCAGCUCCAAAGUCUGGGAGGAGAAAGUAAAAGGACUGCAGAGAGUCCAAGCUCUGGCUCAGCAUCACCCAGACAUCUUGAAGAGUAAACUUCAUGAAGUGUGUUAUGCUGUGAUAGAGGAGGUUAAAAACCUGCGCUCCUCUGUUGCCUCCGUUGCACUAGACACCGUUGUUUACCUGCACGUCUACCUGCAGAAGGACAUGGACCCUCUGGCAGACAAGACAGGGUCUGCUCUGUUGCUGAAAAUCGCACAGUCAUCUGCAAAUGCUUUCCUUCUGAAGCAGGCUAUUAAAGCCCUGGACUCCCUGGUUCUGAACUGCAGCCCAGGUCCAGUCCUAAACGUUCUGUUUGGGACAGGGUUAAGCCACCUGUGUGCAGCAGUGAGGGCUUGCACAGCACAAAAGCUUCACAUGCUGGCUGCUGACCUGGGAGCCACUGCCAUUAUGAAGUCAGGAAAAACCUUUGCACAGAAGUUCCUGAUUGCUGUCAAUAAAAUGUCUGUUGAUGCUUCCGCUGAAGUCAGGCCCCAUGGACUUGCCAUCCUAGAAGAACUGGCUCUUCAGCCAAACUUCAGGGCUCUCUGGGAAAACGUCGUCACUCACAAAGAUAGACCUCUUCUGGAGAAGAUUCUGAAGAAAAUGCAGGAGUAGAGGAGGCGAUGCACAAGAAGAAGAGUCACAUAAACAACACUAUAUUGUGAAAUACAAAAAGACCUGAAUGUCUGAAAAAUAAAUCAAAUACAAAUAA